ACUCUCCCAAGACCAAUCUCCAAUUGUGUCGACACCGAUCCAGCCGCCAAGAUGCUUAUUCCAAAGGCUGAUCGCAAGGCGAUCCACGAGUAUCUCUUCCGGGAGGGUGUUAUGGUCGCUGCGAAGAACUAUGAGUCGACCCACGAGACCGGCAUUCGCAACCUCUAUGUCAUCAAGGCCUGCCAAUCCCUGACUUCGCGCGGCUACGUCAAGACCCAGUUCUCCUGGCAAUACUACUACUACACACUGACCCCCGAGGGUCUCGACUACCUCCGGGAGUGGCUUCACCUGCCUGCCGAGAUUGUCCCGGCUACCCACAUCAAGCAGCAGCGAUCGCAUGCCCCGCCCCGCGGCAUGAUGGGCGAGGAGCGUGGUGAGCGGAGGUUCGGCGGCCGUGGCCGUGGCGACCGUGGCGACCGGGAGGGUGGCUACCGGCGCCGGGAUGCUGGUGAGGGCAAGGAGGGCGGUGCCCCGAGCGACUUUGCUCCUCAAUUCCGUGGUGGUUUCGGGCGUGGCCGUGGCGGCCGUGGUGACGCUCCUCCUUCGUAAAGCCGGAGGCGGAUAAUCUCUUCUCUCUAUUGGGUUGCCAGCAACGGCAGAACGGCAUGGCACGACAUGUACUCUACAUCGAAAGAGUAGAAAGGGUCGACCAGCAAUGCACCUACUCGCCAGGACCGUGAGUGGUUUGCGUGAGGAGUUGGUGGUUAGAGAUCAUUCGGAAAACUUCUGCAUUCAGGGUCAUCAUUUGCGGUCAAUACGAUUUUUACUCUCACUCGGUUGCUUCGUGAUGCUACAGGCAGUUAGCCGGUCACCGGAUGGAUGAGUCUACGAACAAUAUGAGAAGGGAG